AAAUAUAAAUAUUUGCAUGUGCUUACACAUUAAGAAAAUUCUUCUAUAUGUUUUCAUCGGCCAGUGCAUUCAUUAUACAGUACGCCGCAGAUAAAGCGAAUACGUAUCUUUUUUGGCGAUUUUGGAAAAACUAGCGUUGGAGCAAAUAAUAUUUUUUGGGAAUAAUAAAGGUUAAAUUCUGCCCUACAAAGUUAUCGUAGCCUUUUUUCCCUAAGUCGUAAAGUUCUUUUACGUCCCUACAUUUAAUACAAUUAUGCAUAAAAAGAAUUGUGAUAAGAUGUUCUAGGCCCUUUCAUCCGAUUGAUCGUGGCAAAUAAUGCUUAAAACCGCGAUUACACGAUUACCCUUGGGACGAGGCGACUGGACAAGGAGCGACGACAAGGCUUCAGGGAAGCAGCGGAUUUUGUGAAGACGAAGAGUGUGAGAGAGUUCGCGGAACACUUGUAACUCCGGCUGCGCCCGGAGAAUUCGCGGAAAUCUGUAGCGAGAGUGUGCGGGUACGUGUGCCGAGCAACGUAGGGGAGAGCGUAAGCGGGGAAUUGAGCCGUUUGAGGAAGGGGCCGUAUCGACGGCCACUGGCCGAUUCCAGGCUAGUCGGGGCGCGAGUUCAGCGCGGUCGUGGAUACUAGCCGAGUCGCGCGCGCUGAUUGGCCGGGCCGGAGCGGAGAGAGCGCGCAUCGCCGAAGCGGUCGGUGCGGCGCGGCACUUCUUGUUUGACUGUUGCCCAAGAUACACAUCAAGUGAAUAUGUUGAACCUACGUCAUCGGAUGAAGGUGAGGAGGAGGAGAAAGAAAGAGAGGCAAGUGAGACGGAAGAGGAGGAUGCAGCGCAAGCGCUGAAUGCUGUAGCCGAUGUACAGUUUGUACCGGCUGAAAUGGUGGGGGUGAGCGCUGCCGAUGCACACGGAGAGGAGUUGCGGGCGGAGGAGAGCGAAGCCGUAAGGAGAGAAGCAGCAGCAGCGGUGGCUGCGGCGCCUGCAGCGGUGCGUCUUCAGGUGAAUGAGGCGAUGGAGGAGGAGGAGGAGGAGGAAGAUGAAGCAGUAGAGAGAGCGCAGAAUGAGUACGAUGCUAGAGCGGAAGAGGCUGAAGAUGUACCUGCCAAUACGGAUUCUCAGCGCAUGGUUAAUGUUGACCACCUUCUUGCCACAUGUACAGAGCCAACAGCUGCUGCUAAUAAUAUUCUACAGCGCUUGAUAGAACGAGCAGCUGAUGAAAGCGAGAAUAUUAUUGAGUAUGUGGAGCAUCCGUGUGUCAAAAGACGGCAACAAAUCCUCGACUUUUUGGCCCGACCAGUAGAACCCGAAGAAAUGCGGUACACAAGAAGAAGCGCUGGAGGAUUGGUCACCGAGCAUUUUUUUAACCAGGGAAAUCCAAGAGAUCGUCAAAUUAAUGAACAACAUAAUCACUCUGACGAUUCAUCUUGUUCUUCUUCUACAACCAUUUUCCCCUUAUCUACAUCAUCUUCGAACACCAAUACUUCUGUAGAAUCGCAGGAUUACGAGACCGAUGAAAGUGAUUUUUCUAUUCAAGUUGGUAGAGGACAAAGAAGAAGAAUUGAAAAUUCAAGCAGCAAUAAUGAUGAUUUGUCUGACUACGAACAAGAGGAUAAUCAGCCCAGUGAGGAGAAUGAGGAGGCGGAGGAGGAGAUCAGCGAGGAGGAUGAGGAGAGAAGCGAAACAGACGAUAAUAUGAAUUAUCAAGGAGUCGAUGAGGAAAGAGAGGAUGAGGAUAUCCAGCCUCCUGGUAAUCGUUUUGAUAUUUUCCAACAAAAUUCGCAUUAUAUAUCUAAGUAUAAAAUAGAAGGUAGACGUAUUGUGCUAAAAAUAAGAUCUCCACCGAAGGAUGGAUCUAUAAAUCCGAUAGUUUGGUUGGAGUUAGUUAUUCGCGAUAUUUAUUCUUAUAUAAUUUCAUUAUGUAAUGAAAACGACAUGAUUGGCGUCUCCGUUAUAAGUUUAAAUUUUGCACGAGGCCCCGGUGGGUUAUCUUUACGAUUAGUAAAUAAUUUUUUUUUACAAUGAUUUAUGGAAUUUAAUAAGCGGAUUAGCUCAGAGUAAUGAGGAUUUUUAAAUAGAUGAGAGCUUUAUUCUAACAUUAACACUUUUUAAUAUACCUAAUGGUGGCCGAGGUGGAAGUAGAAAGAGGAUGAGUGUUGAUAGCUUAGCUCAGAGAUCGGUUGUAUCUAUAAGAAAUAACGUUAAUUUAUGCUUGCCAAGAGCUUUAAUUGUUGGGGAGGCUUUUAUGAUGUAUACAAAAUUUUUUUCAAACGAAGCCAUUGAUACUUGGAAUACUGUCAGAGAUAGCAGACGUGGUAUACAAAAAGAGCGCGCAAAUCUCCUUACUAUUAAUGCAAACGUCGUAAUUCCUGCAAAUGGGUGCUGUAUACGAGAAAUAGAGGCGUAUCAGCGAUAUUAUGUUGCAAAAAAUAUCGCUAUUGUAAUAUACGAUAGUUUAUCUUUUGGAAGUGGAGAACCGCCCUUUUACGAUGGAAGACCUCUGUUAAAUUCAAAUUCUUUUGACGUUAUAAAUCUUUUGUACGACGCGCGAAGGCGUCAUUUCGAUGCAAUAUUAAAUUUAACCGGUGCUGCACGCAAUCGUUUUUUCUGCGAACAUUGUAAUAAAAGCUAUAGAUACGUAGAUGAGCAUAGAUGCACAGCCAAAUGUGACAGGUGUUUUUGUGCGCCAAGAUGUAAUUCUAAUAUAGAUAUUAUAAAGUGUGUAGAAUGUAACCGAGAAUUUUACGGACAAAUAUGUUUCGACCGUCACAAAAUAGAUGGGUCAUACAAAAAAAAAAAA